AUGGAAGCGUUAUAUCAUCAAACAAAUAAAUUGGUACAAGAAACUCAACAUCUUUUCUCGCAACUCGAGAAAAAAUCGCCUAACCUGGAUGUCAACGAGGUUGAAAACAAUAUAGAAUCAAAAAUAAAUCUUAUCAACAGUAAUUGUGAAAGACUCGACGUACUAUGCUUGAAGGGUCCUAUAUUUCAGAGACAAAAUGCUAAAAUGAGAGUUGACCAACUGAAAUAUGAUAGUCGUCAUUUAUCAGCUGCCUUAAAUUCUUGGCGCAAUAAAAUGAUCAAAAAGCAAAGAGAAGAAGCUGAAAGAGAGGCAUUAUUGUCUAGAACAUUUACUACAAAUGAUCAUGUUGACAUUAUGAUAGAUCAUAACUCUCAACAUAAUUCUAGUUUAAGAAAUGCAGUCCAUGGGAUGGAUGAUCUUCUUCAAAGCGGGAGCACUAUCUUAGAUAAUUUAAAAGAUCAGAGAAUAACUUUGAAAGGAGCUCACAAGCGAUUGAUAGAUAUUGGGAAUACAUUGGGGCUUUCCAAUACCACCAUGAGACUGAUAGAACGAAGAGCCAGAGAGGAUGGAUUUGUUUUAGUUGGUGGGAUGAUAUUCACAUGCAUUGUCAUAGUGUUAGUUAUAAUUUAUCUCACAUAGAAACAAAUUCUUUUAACAUUUCCACAUGAUAACGUAAUUGAUGAUAAUGCAGUCAAAAUAUUACUUUU